AUGGAUUCAUUAGAAGUGCGAUUACAAUUUAUUCAGAUAUUGAAAAAUUUAUCUAAAACGCUCUAUACCAUUACACCAAGCUAUCAAACUCAAAGCACAAAUAAUAAAUACGAUGAGCCAAUAAUAUUUUUCUUGAAGAAUCAAUCACAAUAUUACGAGGAUUUAGAACAAUGUUUGUUUGAUAUCAUUAACAAGAUGAACCCAUUAGAUAGAAUCAAUAUUGUUGUAUAUUAUUUAAUUCUUAUGGAGAUUCUUGUAUCUAAUUCCAAUUCAAACACUUACACACUACCUAAUAUUACCAACCAAGUUAAAGAAAUGUUCCUAAAGUUUAGUAAGUUAUAUCGUAUGAUCUUACCAAAAGAUGAUAUUGUAUCUUUAAGUAAUUUACCAAUAGCCAAGGAAUUAUACGAUCGAUUACAAGAGGUUACCCAAGGUUUAGAUACUGAUAUUCAAAAUAUGGUCCAUGAAUGUCAUACAAUAUUAUUAGAAAGACUUUCAAUAAGAGAUGAUAUGUACAAAAAAUAUGAACAAGAUGGACUUGUAACAAUAGACACCCAGAAUUCUCAGACAACAGAAGAUGUUGGUGUUCAAACAGUUUUACAUAGAAUGGAAAAUGAUCGAGAAAGACACAAGAGAUCUAAAGAACAGCAAUGGGUUGAGGCACGUAUUGACCGUAAUGUCCUUGAAACUUCUUCAUCCAAUUUAGCCACCACAUCUUCUAAUAGUACCUCAUCUUCUACAGAUAAGAAUGCAGCAGAUGAGACCGAGUUUGAUAAAGUUUGGGCUAAUGCUGGAAGUGGAGUGAAUCAAGUUCAACUUGUAGCCAUGUCACAACUAUCUACGAUCGCAACAGAAUCGCUAGAAGGUUGA